AUGGCCCUUAAGCAGGCCAGCAUAUAUACGUUUGGAGUGGGGGCUGGCAUCACGGAGUCCUCCGAACUUGAGCAGAUCGCUACGGACCCCAGCUUUGUGUUUUCAACCACUGAUCUGAGUGCCAUUGACGUACUGCAGGAUCAGCUGCUGCCAUACGUUAGAGGGGUAGCCCAGCGCACUGUUGUCAUUCAUCGGUCCAGUGUUGUUGGAGAAGGCAUCAGUACUCACCUUUUCCUGUUUUCUUCCACAGACCAGAAGGAUAUUGUCUUCCUCAUUGAUGGCUCUAACAAUGUUGGAGAUGACUUUCCAAGUAUCCGUGACUUCAUUUUACGAUUCAUUGAGCCUCUUGAUAUUGGCAUUGACCAGAUCCGUUUUUCUGUGAUCCAAUAUAGUGACCAGCCAAAUGCAAAUUUUUAUUUGAAUACGUACUCCACCAAAGAGCAAGUUGUCAGUGCAGUUAAUGGCAUGACCCUUUUACAAGGAGAUUCAGCAAACCUUGGUGCUGCACUAACCUUCCUGAAAGACACUGUUUUCACACAAACUUAUGGAAGCAGAAUUUCUGAGAAAGUCCCACAGAUCUUGAUAGUCUUGUCUACACAGCGUUCCCGAGAUAGUGUACGGAGUCCUGCCAUUGCUCUUAAAACAGCAGGAGUGGUGCCUCUCACCAUUGGCGCCAAGAAUGCCAAUGCCAAUGAGAUGAAAAUUGUGGCUAUUGACCCUUCAUAUUCCUUUGUUGUCAGUGAUGUUCCUGUAAUUUCUGCAAUAGAGCAGCAGAUUUCAUCCCUGGCAACUGCCCUCACCGCUGAGGAGGUUGAAACAUUGGUAUCAAAAGGUGUCCAGCGAGAUAUUGUGUUUUUGCUUGACGGUUCUGAUGAUAAUCAAAAUGGAUUUCCAGCAGUCCGUGAUUUUGUCCAAAGAGUCGUUCAAAACAUGGAAGUGGGUGAAAACAAUGACCAGGUGGCUGUGGUGCAAUUCAGCAAUGACCCGGCUGCUAAUUUUUAUCUAAACACUCACUCGACCAAAGAUGACGUUGUGAAUGCCAUACGAAGUCUGAGACACAAAGGAGGUAGACCCCUCAACACGGGGAAGGCACUUGAAUUUGUCAAGGACAAUGUCUUCAAUCCUUCAGCAGGCAGCAGGCAUCUCCGGGGAGUCCCACAGUUUUUGAUCCUGCUGACCGCAGGGAGAUCGAGGGAUAACGUCCAGAGUGGGGCCUCAGCCUUGAAAGGCCUUGGAGUCGUGCCUUUGGCCAUUGGCGCCAGGAACGCAGACGCCCGAGAGCUGCAGAGUAUCUCAUUUGCACCUGCUUAUGUCAUUUCUGUGUCGGACUUCUCUGAACUUCCAAAUGUUCAGCAGCAGUUGGAGUCUGUCACGUUAGUGAUUCCUGAAGUGGUGACAGCAGAAACGCCAACCACAGAAGUUGAAAGCGAAGGCGCCAAAAAGGACGUUGUCUUCGUAAUCGAUGGCUCUGAUGAUGCCAUCUUACCUGUCCGUUUUUUUUGUUUUUCUGCUACAGGUGUAUUUGGUGAAAAACGGGACAUCGUCUUCUUAGUUGACGGCAGCAGCAAUGUGAGAAACGAGUUUGGCGCCAUCCUUGACAUGAUCUCAAAAGUAGUGAAACGGGUAGACGUGGGCUUGGACAAAAUGCGAGUGUCGCUGGUGCAGUACAGCGAUCAGCCCAAGGUCGAGUUCUUGCUGAACAAGUUCUCAACAAAAGACGAAGUGCUGAACGCCCUGAACAGGAUGAGAAGCAAAGGCGGAAACAUCGUAAAUACGGGCAGAGCCCUGGAAUAUGUGGAAAGAAAUGUCUUCCAGAGGGCGGGGGGCAGCUGAAUUGAAGAAGCGGUUCCUCAAGUACUCGUGGUAGUGACUUGCAGCCCGUCUUCUGACGAUGUCUCUGGCCCCGCCGAACAGCUCAGAUCGAGCAAUGUGGCCCCUCUGGCUGUUGGAGCCAAGAACGCCGAUGCAGAAGAGCUGAAGACGAUCUCGCUCCUGCCGGAUCAGUCUUUCGUUGUGAGAGAAAUCCGUGAUCUGCAGAACCUCGAGGACCAAGUGGUGAAUGCUGUGAAAACGGUGAAGAUAACUGACCGGCCAACACCUCCGCCAAUAAUCAUCCCAGACCUUGGAAAGAAGGAUAUCAUCUUCCUUAUCGAUGGCUCUACCAACGUAGGCCCACAAGGCAUCAUGCACAUCCGCGAUUUCAUGCUGCAGGUCCUUCAGCAGCUCGACAUCAGCCCUGAUCAGAUUCGUGUCGCCGUUGUCCAGUACAGCAACACCCAGAAGAUGGAGUUCUCCCUCGGGACACACACCAACAAAAAUGCCGUUAUAAAUGCAGUGAGGAGGCUUCGACAGCUAGGGGGCUCUCCUGCCAACCUCGCCCAGGGCAUCGACUAUGUUUUGCAAAAUGAACUUCGAGAUUCCGCCAGAGCCCGGCCCUCAGUUGCCUCACAGCACCUGGUGGUCCUCACGUGUGGCAGCUCAUCCACUGAUGUCAGCAAGUAUGGCAACAUACUAAGAGGCUCCAAUGUGAACUGCAUUGGAAUCGGAUCACGGGAGGCUGACUUCAACCAGCUAGGUGCCAUCGCCACCACUCCUGAUGACAUCCUCAGAGUGAAUAACUUGCAGGCUCUCAUCAAUAUCCCGGAGCGAGUCCUGGUACGACUCAGUAAAGGAAGCAUACCCACCGAGGUGCCACAUACAGAAGUGCCAGUACCGGAGAUUAAACCCAAAAUUGCGGACAUUGUGUUCCUCGUGGAUGGCACAAUUAAUUUUGGUCGGGGCAGUUUCAAAGAGGUGAUGUAUUUCAUAAUCGAAUUAAUUGACUCCGUCUACGAUGAGAAGGACUCCAUUCAGAUCGGUUUGGCUCAGUACGCUGCAGACGUAAAGGAUGAGUUUCUCCUCAACACCCAUAAGACCAAAGAUGACAUCAUAGACGCCAUUGAGAAAACAAACCACCGCGGGGGCAACAGGCUUAACACAGGUGCAGCCAUCAAGCACAUUCAGGAUAAGCACUUCAUCAAGCCCUCUGGAAGCAGGCGAGACCAAGGCGUGCCACAGAUUGCCUUCAUCGUGACCGGUGGGAAGUCCCUGGAUGACGGCCAGAAGGCGGCUAUGGGGCUUAAGGCGGAGGGCUACCGUGUGUACGCAGUUGGCGUGGGCAAUGUGGAAGAUGAACUCAAUAAGCUUGGCAGUGAAAGCACCACCGUGUUCAGAGCAGUAAAUGUCCAGGAGCUCAGUGAGCUCAACGAGCAGAUCCUAGUAACACUGGUGGACGACAUGAAGGUCAUCAAGCUAUGCACUGGCACCAAAGAUGUUGUCAAAGAAUGCAAUCUCGAGGUCCUAGUAGGAUUUGAUGUGACUAACGUAAAACCUGGAUCCAGCAUUUUUGUAGAACAGAAGGGACUAGAGUCCAAGGUGGAAGCUGCACUCCAGAGGAUUUCACAAAUGAGACCCACCAGCUGCUCUGGGACUCAGGCGCCCACCGUCCGAGUUGGCAUACUGGCAUUAAAUGCAGCAGGACAGAAAUCAGUAUUUGACUUUGCUGCUUACAAGCCCGAGCUGGUGGAGAAGUUCAGAGGUCUGCGCACAAAGGGACCUUACAUCCUGGCCUCCAGAACAAUUAACGCCUACAGAGAUCAGUUCAAGAGCAGCGGCACGGCGGGCUCAGUUAAAGUGGUCAUUCAUUUCACCGAUGGUGCAGACGAGCAGCUGGCGGACAUCAGGAAAUCCCUAGAAGCCAUGCGCAGUGAAGACGUGACUGCCUUCGUCUUGGUGGGCCUGGAGAAGGCAACUAACUUCGAUGAUCUGGUGUCACUGGAGUUUGGCCGUGGAUUCCGAUACAGCAAACCUCUUCGGAUAAACCAGCUGGAUCUCGAUUAUGAGCUGCUGGAAGAACUGGACAACAUUACAGAGCGAGCCUGCUGUGGUGUUCCGUGCAAGUACUCUGGUCAGCGAGGAGACAGAGGCCUGCCAGGGCCAGUGGGCACAAAGGGAGGACCAGGAGGACCAGGAUACCGAGGUCAUCCGGGAGAUGAAGGCAGCCCGGGUGAGCGAGGCCCCCCAGGAGUGAAUGGAACACAAGGCUUCCAAGGCUGUCCUGGACAAAGAGGCGUCAAAGGCUCCUGUGGCAACUCUGGAGAGAAGGGUCAAGAAGGAGAAAUUGGUUUGGAUGGAAUCGAUGGAGAGGAGGUAGCCCCCUACUUUUUGAUUUCUCAACUUCCUUCCAUUGACUGUUAUACACUGUGGAGCUCUUUACUGUGAUUGUUCUCCGUUACACCUGUCAGACCAUCUGGUCAUUUUGUGGACCCCCUUAUCCGCAGUUUCAUGUGCUAGGCCCCCUCAACACCGAGCCUUCUGGAUCAG